UAAGAAAUAAAAAAGUAUCGAUUGAGUUAUUAUAACUGUUAUUCUGCCUACCACACUUACAGACGAAAUCAAUUGACACAAGUAAGAGUGGCUGGAAUUUUCCAGUGCAGUUGUAUUGAAUUGUCCACUUCGCACAAUGCCUUAAAUGACGUGACUGCUCCUUCCACCAUCAUCUUUCUUUCAGCCUUCUGCGAAACGCUCGAAAAUCAUUCGAGAGCGCCAUACUUGUGUGUCAGUAUAUACCGCCGUCUUUCAUUUUUCCAGGUAGACAACACACGUUGUCAUUAGAAAGGGCGUGGACGUCAUGCUCUGACCCAGUUCGGGCACCAGGUGACGCUCUCAGUCCACUGUCCAAGGGCUCCUCGCGCGACCCUCGGUCACCAUGCUAUCGCACACGGUCUUCCAGCUUCCAUCACUAACCUUCCGGUGAGAUCAAGCCAAAUUUAUGACUGGCCCACGCGAGCACGUGAUUUCUCCGAAACGUCCCAUAUUUGGUCAGUGCAAGUACAAUAAAGGAGGACAAAUCCCCCACCUAUAAAUUCUCAACAUUUUCAGACAAAGGCCCUUAAAAAGCUAAAACCAAACCCAUGAUAAAAACAGCUAUCGAUAUCCGAAAAUAACCACAGACAAUCACCAAGGCAUUUACUCGUUGCUCGUACCUGUUGAAAUGUUUUUGCUCACUUUUUACAACCUUUUCCCAUGAAAUGAGCUCCUAUAUUGUCAACUCCUUUCACAAACAAGCCCAUGAGAAGCCUACUUCCACCAUGCACAAUUACAGCUAUGGAUCCGUGUCUGAGGUCCAUCCAUCUGGUUAUUGUUACGAAGGGAUAGAUGUCAGUGGAUCCCUCCCUUGCCCAGCCUCUUCGAACCCUCUCAAACGGGGGGAAAUGAGCACGCGUCUCCGUGGGUAUCCGGACAUCCCAUCGAAAGUGCCUCAGUCGUGCUCUGCUAUGGGCUCCACGGAAGGCUCUAUAAACGCAAGCGGGAAGGCUGCUCUCAAUCGUGGGCUAUACAAUGAAAAAGCCGAGGGGGACAAGCAGCUGAGCGACAUUCCCAUUGGCAAGACAAGAGCAGGAGAAAUCAAAGCUGGAGCCAUGCAAGCCGUCCAACCAGUAAGACAACCAGCCCAUCCGGUUCAGCCCCACAACAACCAUCAGCCGCCACAGAUGUACCCGUGGAUGACCAAACUGCACAUGAGUCACGAAUCUGAUGGCAAAAGGUCCCGGACGAGUUACACCCGCUCGCAGACUCUGGAGCUGGAGAAGGAGUUCCAUUUCAACCGGUAUCUCACCCGUCGCAGGCGUAUCGAGAUCGCCAACAGCCUCUGCUUGAACGAAAGGCAAAUAAAAAUCUGGUUCCAGAACCGCCGAAUGAAGUGGAAGAAGGAUUCCAAGCUUAAAGUAAAGGAACCAAUAUAAAUGUAUCGAUGAAGUCGCUCCCCAGCUUCUAAGAGUACAGAAGGAAAGAAUCUGCAUACCUGUAUUACAUGAAGACAUGAAAUAUAUCGUCAGCAACAUCCUUGUGUUUCUCGGCUUUAAUGAUUUGCAUCGGCUACCAUGUGGUUGUUUGUAAAGUGUAAAUAUGUACAAGUUUCUGGACAUUUCUCACUGCUGCUUGUGUGUUUUCCUUCGCGUCCGUGUAGUCAGGGUUACCCUCCUAACUCACUGCUCUGCUCACUAGGAAAAUAGUAACGAAGACGGGAUUUUGAGAGAAUAUUGUCAUUCUGUUGUCAGUCCAUCCUGUUCGGUGGUUCGGCCGCUUUCUUGGGAUGGUUCUACUCUGUCUUCCCACAGCCUUAACUCGCAAAGAAAACCGAAAAGUUGUACAGUGCUUUCGUAAAAAAUGCUGGGUCACAAAUCAGCGUAAGUUUUGCGCGUAGUCAGUACCUCUGGUGCGUAUUUAUACGGAAGUUACACGGUCUAAAAUGUAACUCCACAAACAAAUAGCUCAGAUUUGUUUAAAGGUUUG